AUGGAUCGGAAGUCUUAUGAUGCUGCCAUUGGCGACAUUACCUUACUGGCUGACCGAAUGCAAUACGUUGAUUUUACUUUGCCGUUUGCGGAGUCAGGUUUGUCGAUGAUUGUCGUUCCAGCAAAACCGGAAGGGUCAGCAUGGAUGUUUAUGAAGCCAUUCACAUUGGGAAUGUGGGUGGCGACAGGUGCCAUCUUGAUAUACACAAUGCUCGUAGUUUGGUUCUUGGAGCGUCCAUGCAAUCCAGAAUUUAAUGGCCCCUGGAACAACCAGAUUAGCACUGUGCUUUGGUUCACCUUCUCAUCUCUCUUCUUUGCUCAUAGGGAAAAAAUCUACAGCAACCUCAGUCGUUUGGUGAUUGUACUAUGGCUCUUUGUCGUGUUGGUCCUGACAUCAAGCUACACCGCUAGUCUGUCUUCAAUGCUGACUGUUCCACAGCUGCCCCCCAGUGUUAUUACAAGCGAUGUAGACUGGCUAAAGAAGAAUAACUUGACAGUGGGCUGCGAUGGUGAUUCAUUUGUAAGGACAUACCUGAACAAUGUUGGGUUCAAUCCACAAAACAUCUUGAACGUCACCAGCGAAUACAAUUACACAGGGGAAUUUGAAACCAAUAAUAUAUCUGCUGCCUUCCUUGAACUCCCAUACGAGAAAGUUUUCCUCAAUAAGUACUGCAACGGCUACAUUGGCUCCAGACCCACCACCAGAUUUGGAGGAUUGGGCUUUAAAGGCUCUCCAAUGGCCAGGGAUUUUUCUAAAGCCAUUCUGUCUCUAUCGGAGAACGGUAAACUAAAGGCACUGGAAGAUGAAUGGUUGACUCCUCUGGACGAGUGUCCAACCAACACAACUUCCAGCACAACUCAAAGCCUGAGCCUCCAAAGCUUUUGGGUUCUCUAUCAAAUAUCCUUUGCCACUUCCACCAUUUGUUUUCUACUAUCACUACUUUGCUCACCAAUAAAUCGUCGGAAACAUCAGCAUGCAUAUGAAGGAAAUGUAACCCCAGAUGAUGAAAGUGUUUGGAAGAAGGCCGUUACACUAGUAAGAUACUUUCGUAUCAAAAGUACAGGAACAGCUCCUCCUUUAGCGGACACAUCGGAUAUAAAUCCAGACACGCAGGACAAUGUAAAUGAAUGUUCUUCGAGGUGGGAAUUCAUAAGCAUUUCUGACACUCUGGAACCGUCCUCCCCAACAGCUGAAGUCGAAAUAUGUACUAUGAACUCCUCACCAUAA